AUGACAUUACCACAAACAUUAACUUAUAAAGCAUAUGGAUAUAAGAAUAACCGCUCUCCAAUUCAAGAAUUUGAGAGAUCAAUUAAUUUAGUUCCAUCAAACGGUGAUUAUAUUGCUCCCAAGGAUAAAGUUUUAAUCAAAAUUGCUUAUGCUGCUUUGAAUCCAGUUGAUAUUAAAAUUUAUUCACUAAUUUAUUCAAUUUUAAAUUUAUAUUCAUCUAAUUUUGGAUUUGGUGCUGAUUUUAGUGGUGAAGUCGUAUCUGUUGGUGAAAAUGUUGUUGAUUAUAAAGUUGGUGAUUUAGUUCAAGGGGUUUACCAUAGUUUAAAAGCUGGUACUGUUUCUGAAUAUAUUUUACUCGAUCCAAAGAAGACAUAUAUAGCUAAAAAAGCAGAUAAAAUUGAUUUAGCUCAUUCUGCUGCUUGGCCAUUAGUUUUGGGUACUGCAAUUACCAUGAUUAAAGAUCUAGACUUAAAAGAUAAGAAAGUAUUGAUACUUGGUGGUGCCACUUCUGUAGGUAGAAACUUAAUACAAAUAGCUAAAAUUGAACAAGCAAGAGAAAUUAUUGCUUCUUGUUCAGGUAAAAGCGAAGAAUUAGUUAAGAAACUUGGUGCUGAUUCAAUUAUUGACUAUAAAAAACAUAGUAAUAUGUUGAAUCCAGUUUUAGAAUCCGCAAAAAGUGGUAAAUUUGAUAUAAUUCUUGAUUGUUGGGGUGGUGAUGAAUUAUUCAGUAGUAUGAAAUAUAUCUUAGAUGGUACCUAUAACACUGUUGUUGGUGACAGUAUUGGUAAUAGUAAAAUUUCGUUAUUAAAGUCAGUAAAAUCACCAAUUAGACAAAUUGCCAGUACCUUUGGAUUAUUACCAUACAAAUAUAAUUUAUUAUUCUUAAACCAUAGUUCAUCAGGACCUGGUUCGGUAGUUGAAUUAGCAAGAGAUUACUUAUCAACUGGUAAAAUUGAAAUAUUUAUUGAUCAUAUAUACAAGUUUGAUGAAACUCCACAAGCAAUUGAAAUAUUAAAAAACGGGACAGCUAG